AGCAGGUCACAUCACACCUGUUUUCUAUGUGCCAUUGUGAGGACACUUCCAAUGGGAUGUACUAAGACUUCACAGCUCAAUAGGUGUCCACAGCCAGGCAGCUCUUGGACCUCCAUGAGAGCAGGGAAGAGGAUUGCCUGAUACUUACUCAGCAAAGGGGCAACUCUGGCCACUGAGCACUGAAUAUGCCUCCUCACAUGAUGCUGGAUUGUCCUGAUGGGAAGAGACUGAGUCCAAAGCUUGGCCCAGACUGCACUGACAAGCGGGGUUCCUCCCGGCCCUGCAGCCAGGAGCUUGGCAUUAAGUGUGUCCUUGUGGGAGAUGGGGCAGUGGGCAAGACUAGUCUAGUGGUUAGUUAUACUGUGAAUGGUUACCCGACUGAAUACCAGCCAACAGCCUUGGACACGUUUUCCGUUCAAGUGUUGGUUGAUGGAGCUCCAGUUAAAAUCCAGCUCUGUGACACAGCCGGGCAGGAAGACUUUGACCACCUGCGAUCACUCUGUUAUCCCGAGACUGACGUAUUCCUGGUGUGUUUUAGUGUUGUAAAUCCCAGCUCCUUCCAGAAUGUCACAGAGAAAUGGAUCCCAGAGAUUCGGACCCAUAGCCCUCACAGCCCAGUGGUUUUGGUUGGAACACAGGCUGACCUCAGGGACGAUGUCAAUGUGUUGAUAAGACUGAACCGGUGCCACGUCAAGCCAGUGAGUGAGUCCCAGGCACAAGGAGUGGCACAGAAAAUCAGAGCACAUAGUUACAUAGAAUGCUCGGCCCUGACUCAGAAAAACAUGAAAGAGGUGUUUGACACCGCCAUUAUCAGUGCCAUCGAACACAAGGCAAGACUGGAAAAAAAACUGUCUUCUAAAGGCUUUAAAAGACUCUCCAAGUGCCGGUGGAAAAAAUAUUUCUGCUUUGUAUGAAUGUUACAUCCACCAUUGCUGCAUUACUUGGACUGAGACCCCACUUUAGGGUUCUGACUACAAAGAUGGAACUAGUCUUGUUGGUCUUUGAAUAGAGAAUGACCACAGAAUGAGGACACUGGAUUCCCAUGGUCAACUUUUGGCUGAUUGUGACACUUACAUGUUCUUUGCUGGGAGUCUACUGCACAGUGUCUUUUGACUGGACACACUUAAAAAAUCCAGUAAAUGUUGGACUGAAUGGUGGUAACUGAGAAGAUACAAUGACGUUUUCAACUUAUGUUUAUAAAGCAGGGCUUCCCAACCCAGUCCUCAAGUACCCCCUCCUUGUCCAGGAUUUAGGGAUUACCCUGUUGUGUAUAGUG